CGCCUCACGGGGGAGACUCUGAUUGGUUCCUCUGGUUGGCACCUGGGCACGAGGUUGGAACUCUGGUGGUUGGUAGGGCAACCUCCUUCAGUUGAUAGAAAACAGUGGAAGGAGGAGCUCCCUCUGCGCUGUCUUCUCCGCGAUCUCAGCCCUCAGGCUUGUUGUAUCUAGACCCAUUUUAAAUCAAGCAGGUUCGCUUCAGACCAGUCAUCUCAGGGGAGGCAGCUGAGGUGGGGAGUGAGUUGUUAGUGGGGUGCAGCCCCAUCACCAGGGGCUGGCCCUGCCAGGUGCCUGUGUUUGAAAGAGGUGAAGUGCUGAACUCUGCAGACUGGGAGGCAAGGGAAGGUCCAAGUUGCUGGAGAGGAGCCAAGGUGCCCCAUGGGGAACACACUGAGUUGUUGUUUGUGCCCCAAAGUCAGCCGCAGGCGAGGUCUGCGUAGAUGGUCUGAGGAUCUGCCCUUCAGCUCUGACAUCAAUGAGGCGGUGGCAAGCAAAGGUGUGGGCCAAGAUAGAAGGAACAUGUACAACACCAGUGCCAGACCCAUUUGGGGCCCGAGCUGGCUGUGUGGGGUGGUGUCUGGCAGCUGCGAUGACAUCUAUGAGGCAGUGUCAAGCCUAAGUGCAGACCAAGGCAGAGAAAAGCAGAGGCCGGCCAGAGGGAUCUUGGUGCUCCCCAAUGGCAGACGAAAGCAGAGCCAGUGCAGGGUGCACUGGGCAGAACCGCUCUGCAGCAAUAACAUCAAUGAGGGGGAGGUGGUGGAAGUGCCAGAUCCUACUGCCGUGGAGCCUGCCCGGUGGGAUUUGGGAGCCGGCAACGGCCAUGACCUGCAGCACAUCAGCGACCAGGUGAUGCCCAAAGAUAUUGCUUCUUACCAUCCAAGGGCAAGCACACUCUUCCUGAGAAAGUAUCAAAUGCAUGUGCAAGGAAAGAGGAGAAGCUCUCGCCUAUAUUCUAUACCUCGAUGGCAUCUUGGUAGAAAAUACAGCUCGUGUUCCACCAUAUUGCUAGGUAACAGCACAGUCAGUGAGCCUGAUCUCAGCCACAUAUUAGAAAGUGUGACUUUGGCAAUAUAUUACAACAUAAAGCACAGAUAUGCAAAUAGAUCUCUGGCUAUUUUCGAUGAGUCAAUACAUCCACUUUCACAAGAAGAGAUUCCAGGGAAAUCCUUUGAGGACGAUCCCACACACAAAUGCAUUUUCAGUUAUUUCUGUAAUAUUUUUGCAGUCGCAGAACUAACAGCUCCAUGUGCGAUCGUAGCAUUGGUGUACAUUGAACGCCUUUUAACUAAAGCUAACAUUGAUCUUUGUCCUACUAAUUGGAAAAAAAUUGUCCUCGGAGCCAUGCUUCUGGCCUCCAAGGUUUGGAGAGAUCGUGGUCUGUGGAGUGUGGAUGACAGCCAGAAUCCCAAGGAUGUUGCAGUUGAGAAAAUGAGUAAGAUGGAGAAGAGUUUUUUGGAGCUACUUGAGUUUAAAAUUCAUGUGUCUGCCAGUGUUUAUGUGAAAUAUUACUUUGACCUGUGUGCCUUGCCAUACGACCAUGAACUGGAUUUUCAGUUUGGUAUUCUUCACAAACAUAUAGCGCAGAAAUUGAAGGUAAGGCUGUGAAGUCACUUAGUGAAGUUUCCCAUUGGCCACAAAAGCCAACAUCUGUGACAAAAUCAUAUUAAGUAGUGAUUAGGAAAAUGAAAGCCUUAAAAUUAACAGACCAAAGU